ACGCGGUCGUCUAGAAAAGUCCAACCCGUCGUCGGGCGACAACAAACACCGUCUCACAAAACUAACCUCCUCUCGUCUGCACCCUGCUUCCUCGACGCUAGCCUGGCAGCCCAAGCGAAGCACGCUGCACCAGUACGUCGAGGUGGACCUGGGAGCGACGAGGAACGUGCUGGGCGUCGCCACGCAGGGUAGCAAGGACGCGGGCGGCUGGGUGUCGCAGUACGAGCUGCACUACAGCGACGGCGGCAAGCGAUUCCGUCCCUACAGAGUCGCCAGCGGUCAAGCGCAGGUGAAACGCGUCCGCGCGUCGUCGCUCGCGCCCUCUACCGUCCCCAGCUCCUCCGUCCGACAGCCGUGCCAGGAAGCUCUGGGUAUGGAAUCCUCUGGCAUCCCGGACAGCUCUAUCACAGCCUCCUCUUCCGCAUCCGAACAGAGGUCGCCAAAGUUUGCCAGGCUCAACCACCGACACGGAGACUGGACGCCGAAAUAUAGCGAUGGGGAGCAGCACCUCCAGGUUGACCUGGGUUACAUGGACCCGACGACUAAGACCUACCUGGUCACUGCCGUAGCCACGCAGGGCAGCACGCACCGCCAGGGCGGGUGGCUGUCGCAGUACCUGUUACUUUACAGCGUUAACGGCCGCGACUGGCGCACCUACACGGACAAACAUGGCCGCCAUGAGGUCUUCGACGGCAACAACGACACGGACACGGUCGCGCGGCGCACCCUGGCAGCGCCGGUCAUCGCUCGCUACGUGCGCAUUGUGCCGAUUCGCUGGCAGCACAGCAUCGCGCUACGACUCGAGCUGUACGGCUGCGGCUAUGCGACGCAGUCCGUGCAGUUCGACGGCGCGUCGUUCCUGCGCUACGACCUCUACGAUCGCGGCCAGACCGACAACGACGCCAUCUACGUGCGGCUGCGGACAACGCGUCCGGACGGCGUUCUGCUGUACGCGCGCGGAGCGCAGGGCGACUACAUCUGUGUCGAGAUGUCACGAGGACGCAUGUUCGUCAACUUCAACCUGGGUUGUAGGCAGAAGGACGACAGUCCGUCGGUGACCUUCACGACUCAGAAGGGCUUUGUCAAGGUCGCGGGGCUUCUCAGCUCGACAGCGCUCAACGUGAGCCUGGAGUUCCGCACGUACAGCGAUGUCGGCCUGCUCUUCUACAACCAGCUAGCGGCCGACGGCAGCCUCAAGGUAUCGGACGUUCCAUUCCACUCUAUUACUUUCCCGUGCGUCAGCGAGGGCGUCUACUGUAACUGCGACGCGGGGCAGGCGCGCUGGCUCGGCGACGAGGGCUGGAUCCGGCAGAAGGAGCAUCUCCCCGUCGCGCAGGUGCUGGUCGGAGACACGGGCGCUCCAGACGACGACAGCGAGGCGUACUGGAGCCUGGGACCGCUGCGAUGCACCGGAGACACGUUGUUCGACAACAUGGUGACGUUCCGCAAGGAGGACGCGUUCGUGGCGUUCCCGCGGCCGCCGCUGCGCGGAUCGUUCGACAUCUACCUGCAGUUCAAGACGACGGUGGCGGCCGGUGUGCUCGUGUACUGCGACGGACCGCAGGACAACUUCCUCAAACUCACGCUUACCGGCGCUCGCUCGCUGCAGCUGCAGUACAACGCUGGCGGCGCGAUGCAGAUCCUGCAGGUGAAGGUGGCGCCGGCGUUGCGACUCGACGACGACGCGUGGCACGCCGUGCAGAUGGAGCGCAAUGGCCGCCAGGCGAAGGUCGUCGUUGACGGCGGCAAACCGACUGCAAUCGCCGAGGCGGCGGCCAUCUUCCGCGAGCUGGAACUGACGAGCGACCUGACGAUCGGAGCGAAGACAGAUCGCACGGAGGGCUUCGUCGGCGUCAUGCGGGCGCUCAUGGUCAACGGUGAGAUGCUGGACCUUCGCGGCGCGGCCGAGCGCGGCGUCUACGGAGUCCUGCCCGGCGACGCGCCCAAGUGCGCCAGCGCCCCCUGCAUGAACAACGGAACGUGCCUGGAGCGCUACUCGUCGUACGCGUGCAACUGCACGCUGACGCCAUUCGACGGGGAGAUCUGCACCGAGGAGAUUGGCGUGAAGCUGCGAGCUCCUCAGCGCAUCCGCUACGACCUUCCCGACUUCGGCCUGCGCAGCACCGCGACCGAGCGAAUCCGCGUUGGACUGAGCACGACGCGACCCCAGGGGGCGCUGAUGUCUGUCUACUCCGCUGGCCGCGACUUCUUCUCGAUGGAGUUCACCGAGGAAGGCGCCGUCAGGUUCCGCUUCUCGUACGACGGCCGCGGCACGGAGCUGGUCAUCGAGGACGACCACGUGCUGACCAACGGCCGCACCAUGAGGUGCCAGUUCAGCAGGAGGACAACGCCGGCACGUAUCUACAGGAUCGACGAAUACGACGAGGUCGAGAAACAAUUGAACAUCCCCGCCGAACACGACACGAGGCUCAACCAGCUACUCUCCAUUUACAUCGGCAGAAAUAAGACGAUGUCUGACGCUGAGGGCUUCGUUGGCUGCAUAUCGCGCGUGCAGUUCGAUGAGCUGUUUCCACUGAAGCGACUUUUCGAUGACCCCAUCUCACCCAACAUAAAGGCCGAGGCUAUCAGUGGGUUGGCAUUUGUGAAAGCAAUGCUGUAG